GAAACCGUCGAAGCAAAGCUCUGUCACUUGACAUCUCAGGCGGCAGUAGUGGGGUGCUUCUGCAGGUGCUGCCUUAUGUUUGUUCCUCAUCGGGCUAUAAUAAUGGCCUUAAACUUGCAUACCUCAAUGCUGCAGUCAGGGCAUUGCAGCAACUUGCUGCUAACAAAAGCAAGUUGCAGGGAUCAAAUGGAAAUAAUCAUUACAGGUCUUCUGAAACUAACACUUUGGGCAAAGAAGACAUUUAUCUUUCUAGAGUAAGCAAUACUGAAGCUGAUGAAUUACAAAACCAAAAGAGAUGGAGGAAGAGCAGCCAUUCUGAUCAUGGGGAUUGGUCAGAGAACUUGUAUGUUCAACAAAAAAAUGAGCUCAACAAAGGGUCCUUCAAGCCCGAACGUGCAUUAAAAAAUCUCUUGAUAGAUGAAGAACAGGAGACUGGAAGUAGUAAUUCUGAUGCCCACAAAAAAGAUAUUUUCUCAACAUAUUCUACUGUUGAAAACUCUUCUUAUGGUGAUGAAGUUCUCAAAAAAGAAUCUUCAUCAGACAAUAUUUCUAGUCAUGGUAGGUCAAGCACAUCUUGGCAACAGGCAGACAAGAAGGAUGGAGAUAAUGGCUUGGACUUCAGAGAAAGCCCUUACUCAGUGCAAGAAUAUUUCUGCAUGUUGCGCUGUUGUCUGGUCUCAGAUGGCCAAGAAGUGCGAGCAUCAGGCCUGCGUCUCAUGCGCUACUUGCUCAACUCUAAUUUGGAUGCUGUUGCUUUUUUGAGGGCCAAUGUUGUGCCACUAGUUGUUAGGUCUUUGGAUUCUUCAGCUGGUGGCAACUCAGUGGAGAGAUUGCAGGCUCUAAGAUUACUCAGAAGACUUGUCCAGGUUUAUUCUUCCAACUCAUCAGCUCAAAUAGACUCAGAUUGCAUAUGCGGUGAUGGCAUCACAUCAUCUUGCACAAAAUCUAAAGCCUCUCCUUUAGGUCGUCAUAGUCAACUGGGCUUCCCAAAGGAUUUGCUAUACUCCAUAAUUUCCUUGACUCGGUCGGGUUUGGAACUCAAGGAUUCAUUUCUCUAUCCUGCAUUGGCGGUUCUCUCUGAACUGGUUUUGGUGCAUACCGAGACGAGUUUAUCAUGUGGAGCUGUAGCUCCGCUGCAGCAAAGCCUGCUGGAAUGCAGCAGCGUUCCUCGCAUACACGAGGCGGUGCUUGCAUCUCUCCUAUGGAUCACAAACUCGCCACGUUAUCGCCACCACACGGCUUACCUCCUGCAGGUCAUAGCGCCCUACACCGACUACCACUACAAGCACACUACCUACGACCUCGAUCAUGGUAUCUCUAACAGUGAUGAACGAGAACUGCGGUUAGUGACUGCACGGACGUCAUUGCUGCUGCUUCUGCGGUCGUGGCCUGGGGUGCUGCUGCUGGCCAAAGACAACCUGAGUGCUGUGCGCAGCCUCACUGCACAGCUCGCCUACACAUCACAUCUCGUCACCACUAUUGCCAUCAUCAACGUGCUCUACGAGUUCUUUGGCAUAAGUGAGUGUCCACGUGGUGGCAGGAGGAAGAACACUGAUACUCCUGCCAGAUCUCGCGACAAGAGCGGCACCCGCAGCGGGCCUAGUGGUGAGGAAUGUCAACAAUGGGACUCUGCGGUGGCUGCGCAUCUCAACUCCCCUAAACUAGACCCUGACGGAUGGAAUCUCUCCUACGGAUUUGUGGCUGCUGAGAUCCGCUACACGUUGCCACAGCUUCCGAAGUGCAGACCUAAUUUGGUGCAGCUUCAGCAGUCUUUGGUGCUGUACAUGCUCAUCAAGGCCAACUUACUGUCAGCUCUCUGUCACGUGGUCAUCAAUUCACCGUCAGCACUAGCAUUGAGAGCCACAGUGCUUCUUGGAGAGUUGGUUCACCUCGCUCACCAAGAUCUGCCAGUGGAGUGCAGUCAGCUUACUCACGCUCUGCCUGAGCUCAUGAAUCAAGCUGCCACUAAUUACUCAUACGUGAAUUCACUUGUAUCCAACCCUAAUGGCGUCAAAGAAAGGCGCGUUGCUGUUACAACCUUGACGAACGUGCACAGCAGCAACCCUGCCGUCAACGUGGACCUAUUCCGAGAGGCAGAAGGUGUCUUCAGCCGGGAUAUUACCGAGAGCAACAUUGACGUUCGAUCGUCCUUAUUAUUUGACGAUAUUAAAUUGCUAAGCAGUUCGCGUGACGCUGACACCAGAAAUUACAACUAUGCUUUAGCUCAGGACUUGGAAUCUCCCAAUCCUUUCAGUAUCCCCACCACGACGAGUAUCGUCAACGCAGCUACGGCCAAGAUGACUCAGGCCCAGCGUCGCGCCCGAGCUUGCACGGCCAUCAAUGCUCUCUUGAAGCUGUCGCGAGGACGACUCAACCCGCCAGCUUUACCACCUCAACACUCGUUAUACAUGGCACAUCUGUUGAAUAUGAUGCCCUUCUCUAAUAACAGUUCAAGUCAUGCUGUACCCUACAGUGGCUUUCCGACGAGUAUGUUCGAUGAAAGUGGAGCAUUCCAAGCAUCUUUUUCACGCAAAAAAAUUGCUGUGACAUCAGUCAAUGAUAUCUCAAGAUCGAGCAAGUGGCUGAGCAGCAGCGGCAGUGAGCAGGAGGAGCUGGUGCAGCGAGCCAUGAAGCGCUCACACGUCCUCACGCUGGGACAUAACCACCACAACUGGCAGUGGGAUCACAUAAUGACGCUUCUCAGGUGGCCCAGUGACCAGCUUCAGCGCAUCGGUAACAACACAUACCGUCUGUUUGUGAAGCGACUGGUACACUUCUACAAACCGUCAGCUGAUCUCUUCAGCAAGACGCCCGCUGACCAUCCAAACGCCAGGAUAGAGGCUGAGACGCUCAUGCUCUUGAUGCACUUCUUGCUCCAGGUUCCUGAGAAUGACAAUGGUCGUCAUCUGGAGGAGCUGCUGAUGGAUAUUCAUACCCACCUAAAGGCGGUGUCCGUGCAGCACCCGGCGCCUGAUCUGCUGCUCUCACAAGGAGCUCUCGCCAGUACCUGCUCUCACUACUAUUUCCUCGCGGUGGGUGUUUUGUCUCGAUCAUCACGAGGUCACGCCAUGCUAGACCAGUCUGGAGUGUUUGAACAGCUGCUCUGCGUUGUCACCAGCCGGGCAUCGUCUGAGGUCUACAGUAAACUCAUCAUCUCCUCGCUCGCCUACUCCAUUGAUGGCAUCAACCGUAAAAUUCUGUCAACGGUGCUGCAUGACAACGAGAUCAGUGAAAACUGUCGCGCGUACGGCACAUCGUUGUUGCGUGCUCUGCUGCACACCACUUCUUGUUCCGUCACUUGUCGCUUCCUCCUGCAUCAUCUCCUGCAGCAGCUCUCUGAUCCCAGUCCGCAGGUUGUGCUGCUGGCCAUCUCGACGCUCUAUGAGGUGACGGAAGUUACACACAUCCUACACAGCUUGGCCAGGUCUCCGCCUGUCCUACCUCCCAGUCUUGGUCAUCACGUCCACUUGCUCACAGCCCGCCUGCUGCGGGUGCCGGUGGCUUACAAUGCUUACGUCUCAUGCGAACUCCUGGACCCAAUUCUUUUGCACUGGGAACGUUCGUUUAAUGUCUGCUACGUUCAGAUGCAAGAGAGCGCUCUGUGCGAGGCUCUCACUGAGCACAGACGUGAUGAAAACGGUCGCUACGGACGCAGGUCAAGUGCCCCGCUGCCAGUGCAGAGUGUGUUUGUGUACCCGCACCUGUACGGCUCACUCGUGCAGCACUCAAAAGGACUUCAGAAAGUUCUCAGCAGCCGUGCGCUCAGUGACAUGAUUGAACUUAUCAAGGUAGGUCGAUGUGACACAGCAAAGAGCAUCACCGAAUUGAAGGCUGCUGUGUGGGCCGUGUGCCACGCGGGAAGCAGCAGUGCCGGCAUCAUGCACAUGAGACGCUGUGGCGCUCUCAGUGCCAUCAUUCGCUUGGCUCGUCACUGCCUCGUGUACAGCGUGCGUGGUGCCUGCUGCAUGGCUCUGUGUCUCGUCGCUACUACACAGCAGGGAGUUAUCUUCUUGCGCGAGUGUGGUUGGGAAAGUGUGGUCCGUGAUCAUCAUCAGAGGUGGCAGUCUAACCUGCACCCAUUGCACGACCUGCCAUGCCAUCACCACCAGCCAGCAGCUCAUCAGUUCCGUAGCACUGCAGCUCCUUACUUCACCGCACUCAACGACGACAACUAUAUUGGUCAUGCCCCCAGUAAGCGCGUUGCCCGCAUCAGGUCGGGCUUCUAUGUACCUGGUGAGAGUGACGACGACGGCUCCUCUGACAGCGACGAAAGCAUUGUAGUUCAGGGCAUUGGCCUCGACUCUACUCUAGCUGCUCAUCACAGGAAGGCUCAGACCCUCCCGAACCAAAUGCGCGGCGGUUCGGGCGGUGGCACCGGCAUCAUAUCACACCAACGUUCCCUGUCUGACUGCGCGCCCGUCGCGGAGGAACAAAACACGACCGCGACCAGCGAGGCUCGUCCGCUUCCAGAGCUCGAGUUAACUAAUGAUACCCAGGAGCUUGGUUUGCCUCCUCUCAGUGGCAGCAUUGCUAAGGCCUGGGUUCGGCGUGGCUCUUUGAGACUCAAAAACAAAAUCUUGUCGUCUAUGAAAACGAAAAAAUCCCGAAAACGUCAGGCAUCAUAUAACAGCAGUGGUUCAUCGCAGAACAUAUCAUACCCUUUUGAUUCUUCUCCUUCUCCGCCAGUCUCUCCAGGCUCUCAAUUGGACAACCCAUUUUUGCCUGCCUAUUCCAGUUCUAUGUUUGGCCAAAACCAAUCCAGAAACCUGCAAUCGACAUGUGCAACCACGCCCACUACAGGACCGUCGCUGCUUCAUAAUUGCCAAUGUGCUGCUCAGACUUGCCAGUCUUGUCAGUCUCUCUCGCCAACUUGCCAUGUGACAAGCCCGCUUUCUCGCUUUGAGGUUUUGAAUCAAUAUUCAUGUAAUCCAACGCCCUCUAGCAAUGUCUCGUCGCUUUCAAAUGCCUGCGAUUCAGUGGGGUCAGAUCAAUUGGUAAAUCAGCCAUGCUUACCUGAAGGUUUGGGAUCACCAACGUCUGUUCAUGAACUCCAACCUCAGACUGAAUCACAAAUGGUACAUCGGAAUAUCAGUGCAAAGGACAUCGCUUGCCAUUCGGAAGGAAUCGGGAAUGGCCCGUCUUCACCUACGUGCCUUGAUGCCCGUGUGAGGCUUGGCGUCAAUGUUCCGCACCUCCAAUGCUGGCGAAACAGUCAUGGAUUAGCGACAAGGAAAGAGAGUAAAAACUCACCAGACUGUAUUUCUCCGUCGUCUCCUCGUCAGUUUUUCCAUCUUCCUCAUGUCCACUGUCAAUGUGGUUUACCCUCACAAAUCUCUCCUACGACCAUGAAGCCACUUUCAGAAGUGGACAAUUGCUUCCCGAGAACUGCUUCGCAGAGCUCGAUGGUCUCGGUGCCCUCACGAGUGUCGCUCCAAGGAUGCCAAUUACUGCUGGCCAUGAGUGAGCAACGGCGUACUGCGUCAGAAAGCGAACAGGAGCAACAGCAGAAGAAACGUCAGCAUCUUGCCAUGCUCUUCCCUCCUCCAGCAGAUCACGUCAGCCAUUUCCGCGUUUCGGGAGCAGAAAACAGUCGCGGAUUUCCUCGCACAGCAUCGGGCCUGAGCAAGAUUUCAUCUAGCGGUUCAUUGAGUGUCCAUCUGGUUUCUAGUGGCGCUUGUGGUACGCACUCAAGACAGUGUCACUGCCAUUCUUUAAUGGCCGUAAGCAGCGCAUACAGCGGCCCGAAUGCGCCUCAUUGCAGCGUUCACUCGCAUUCUGACAGUGCCGUCACGCCAGGGGACUCUCAUUCGCAGGAAAUGUGCGGAGGAACGUGCAAAGCUUGUGUAGCCUCCACCCUCAAGUUCGCCGAUGCCGAGCAUACUGUUACUUCAGAUGAGUGCAACGUUGAAGGCAGGCAUUCGUACUCCCUGGAUGGUAGCACAGCAGCAACUGUUUGCGAAGUUUCGGAUCACAGACCAAGGGGUCAUGAUUCACCAGGUUCAGCAGAAUUUUGUGGUGGUCAGCGAUACCUGGGACUUUGUUUGCCUCUAGACUUGAACUUAUUGUUGGACACCCGAGGACAUUGGAAUAAGCCAGAAAUUGACGACGGCGACCCGACUCGUGUACCUGAUGAAAAUCGGCUCCGUAAAUCGGAAAGAGAUGAAGAAAGCGGAAUGAAAUCGAGAGAGGUUGAUAAGAAAGGUGACGGAGAAUCUGCGGCCGGCUGCAAAAAAGAAAGCGAAGUUGAAAAAAGGCUUGAAACUGUCCGGGAAGAAAGUUUUAACUCGGCCGACGGUGGCAGCUCCACAUCUACGGCUGCAACAAACAAGACAACAUUAGCGUCAACUGCAAGUGGAGAAUGCACUUCAGAGUCGCUCGACACCGUCACAGACACUGGCUUGUCCCUGCACUCCAAAGCCACGUGUCUCGGCUGCUUCUCCCUCUGCAAUAGACAGGAAAUUGCCCAGCCAACUGAAGUGAUAAGCACCGAGCCUAGUAACACCCCGCUGUCGGGAGUCGGUGCCCUAUUAGGUUGCCUGAGACCAUCAGGCAUGGACGGCACCUCUCGUCCUGAGACGCCCAUGGAGAAGUGGGAGGGCGUUCCGAACAUGGUGUCGUCUGGUGGUGAUGGUGCUCGCUCUGAUCCCAGCAGGGUCCUCGUCAGGAAGGAAAUGGUGCGCCUCAUCACUCGUCUUGCUUGUCCACUCACUGCCAAGGGCUCCGAGGCUGGCUUGCUGUCCCUAAAGCAACGUUGGCCUGAAGCUUUCAAGGACGUGUGCAUGUAUUCCGAGGCGAUGCAGCUCCUCAGCUCGCGAUCUUACAGCCUCGCCGCCCGGCAUUUCCUGCAGGACAUUUUCCAGGAUGUUUCUUUUUCUGAGGUGUUCGAAGAAGCUGAAUGCCUGUUGAAGCGUGUCAAUAUCUCGGUGCGUACGGACGACCAACUUCCAGUCGCGUCCGAGUUACGCGAUCAGGCCUCAGAACCGCGUAAGGAUUAUCUCGGUCCUAUGACUCCUAAAGAUGUUGGUAAGUCAAGAGCAUUUAAACGGUUUCAGGGAUGCGAAAAAGGAAGUUUAGGAUCCAUAACCGGAGUCAAUAACGCUCUCAGAGAAGUUGAUAUCUCCGUUCUGAAUACAACUCUAGGUACAGAAAAUAGCACAAGCCAUCCGCAUGGUACGCAAAUAAAAGCCGACAAUGACACUGAUUCUUCGUUGCGUGAAGGCGAAACUAAAACGUCUGCAAGCACCUCUACUUCAAACACCAUCACCGGGGACAGUUUCCCUUACUCUGAGUACCAUACAACUGCAACGUCUAACUCUGUUGAUACUGCCGCAAACGAACGCCUGUUGGAGGAGGCUGCGAUGGCUGGGGGAGGCAUCGUGUUGCUGACGCGGCAGCUCACACUGGAGAGCUACGCGGGUGCCGAUCAGUCGCUCUCUGACUAUGAUGGACUAUCUACGGACGAUGAAGGGGAUCAGCCGCUCGAUGACGCCCCGGAAAAUAUCUGAUAUGUUAUAACUUUUACGGGUUAUCUAUGAGUAUAUACAGUUAGUUUGAUGAUGUAUUGCCGGGUAUUUCUGAGUUUGUGCUGCCAUCAUUUGAAAUGUGUGAGAGUUUACAGUUAUGCAUAUGUUCUCAUAGUAAUUGCCCCUGAAUCUGAAUUUUAAUCUCGGGUUUCGGUCGUUGUAAUUUUUGAAACGGAUGAUAUUGUGUAUAUUAUGUGACAUAAUUAUGAAGACUAAUCGUAAAUUCAAUGGAAAUGCAAGCGCUAAAGCUGUAUCAAAAUUUGAAUUUGUUGACGUAGGCUUCAAUAUAAAGUCUUUUCACAGCACUCAAGAUGGAGAUAUUUGACGAGGUAAUUUAAUUUUUAUUGGGAAUCAAGUACGAUCAUCUUGUUUAUUUUAGGUAAUCUCAAGGUAAUGAUUUACCUGCAUCUUGUCACGACUACUACGAUCAUCAUACAUUCCUGCGCUCUAUUAUAGUCAAGACCAGAGCGCGACGGAGUCACUUUUAUCUGAAUUAACUUCGAUCAUGUUGUUCAUGCCUUAUCGGUAUCACGAAUUUAUUCAGGCGUAGAUAGGUUUGUAGAGCUACUGCCUCAUUUUGCGUUCAGCCAUUGAUGCAGGAUGAUUUUAGUUUAUUAUUAAAUUUGAUUAUAAAGUUGCGAGGCAUUCGCCUUAGAUUCUUAAUGUCGAUGUCUGGUACGGGAUGUUAUUUUGCCCAUGCUUAGCCAAUAUUGUAAAAUCUAACUACGAACGAGCAAAAAUCGAACUCUAUGAUUUAGAAGUCAUUACUGUUUCCAAAUAGACGUGCCUGAAAUAGGUGAACACAGUCUCACAUUGAAUCUGUGAUGCUUGCCUGCAACAUUCUUCUACGCCUGGUGGAAGUAAACGCUGCUUAUUUGGGUUUCGUGACAUUGAAUUUUCUUAUGUCGAAAAACACGAUAUUUGUAUCGUAAAAUUUUUCCUUUUUGGUACUGGAAAAUUUUCCUCUAUUAAUUCCUCAUAAAACCCUUUUAGCUGUCCAGAAUACACGGUGUCAAUCCUAAGGUAGGCAUUUCAAAACUCGCGUCUAUAGGCUAUGCUUUGUAGCUCGACUGCUCGUUCGACUCAAAAUUUUUUAUUUUAAUUUUCUUGUCGCAAUGAAAUAUGACAGGUGAAGUUUUAAUUCUGUUCGGAAAGACAUGAGCACAGCGCGUUACUGACACGCCUUUGCUGCGAGUCUUAUGAAAUUCAUCGGCGUGUUGGUUGAAAGUUGAUCCCUGGUCGCUUGGUAUCCUUUGUUUUCCGUUACGUAUGUGUAGUGAAUAACCUGUUGUAGAUAAAUCUUUCAAGUUAUCAGGACUGUCAAUACUUGUGCUAAUUUUAUACUUUUAUAUAGGGCUCCUACAAUCUAAUGGUUUUAUAUUAUGGUUGUAGAAAUUAGCACGCUUUUGUAGAGAGUUCAAGAUGAGCACACUACAAGCGUUGUGCGUCUCAUAGAUACCGUACUAUUUAAGUGCAGUAUUACUGCAGAAGUUAUGUAAAUUGCUACUGCUGCUGCUUCUGUUGUUUCUUCUGGUACGACAUUUGGAUUCGUUUUAAGGCUUGUUGAUUUGUAGAGUACGUUAUCGUUAGAAAUAAUAUGGUAAGCGGUUCCUAAUCCAAGUCAAUUAAAGCCUCCUUGCUUAGGCCCAUUUGACUAUCUUAGAUGUUUUGUUCCUAUUUGCUGAGCCCUUCACAUUUUUAUAUUCAUCCUUAGUUGGAAUCUAUGCGAGGCAUCCAAUAUCAGAUUUUUUUUCGCGAUCGUUCACUGUGACUUCACUAGGGUCACACGAUGCUGUGACCCUAGUGGGUUAUUCUAUGUGGGUUAAAAUAUUUGAAUUAAGUUUAGAUAUACAUUUCUGUAAAUGAUUCUUCCGAAGUCUUGUGGCACGGGGAAAAAUGGUGUGUGAAUUAGAAUUAGAUACUUUCAGAUUCUCUCAAGUGCUGCAGUUUUUGCUUGGCCGUUUAUACCGUAAUACUCGUUCAUAUCUGUUGAUUCGCCAUUUGAUAAUCUUUCUAUGUACGUGAAUACUGCAAUUUUUUUUGAGUAUCUAAUGUAAUAUGAUAAGUAUUACCAACGCGAAUAUAAUUUCGUCGUAUCACGUGACGUUGAUUCAACGAAUGCCUGUUAAUUGUAAUCGAUAUUUGGCUGGCAGAAUGUAGAAUUUUUUUAUACAGUUCUAAAAAAUUCGAGAAAUUUUUUUUUCUCCGAGUAUGCUCGAGGGCUAUACUUGCAGCACUGCGGGGUUAUCACAUCUCUGAGGCCUCGUUCUUCGUAAAAAUUUGAUGUUAUAUAUUAAUUACUUUUUAAAUGAUGCUUUUUAUAGUGUGCAGUAACUAUGAUUGAGGGUUAGAAUGCGGGUGGCUUGGUGCUAGUCCUGUGACUUUUUUGCAUCGCUCUUUUAUUAUUGUAGAGUCUGCGUGAAAGCUCGGGUCGUAAAGGGAUGCAUCUAUUCUUAAGUUUUAUUUAUUUUGUUGAAUGUUGCCCUGUAGUUCUAUAGGAUUAUUAUUUAUCGCGACGAACCUAGUGCGAAGACUGUUGAAAUACUUCCCCACACAUAAAAUCUAAUUAGAGAAUUUCCCAUGUUCACAUUUGGCUCAUUUUUAAGAAGACUGAAGGCUUGCCAAAUGGAAUGGGUUCAUUCAAGGCAGUGAUUUACUAUGCAUAUUUGUCGACGUGCCGGCGUGAAUAUCUUAAUGUCCAUAAUUCAAGGAUAGUUAUACCCGGUUAAAUUUGAAUUAAUUUUUGAUUGAAUUGAGUUCAUAAUUUUGAAUUAAAUUUAAGGCAAGUAGCUGGAAUUUGCUUAAACAAUUCAAUUUCUUUUCUUGGUUCUCCUUCUCAUAAGUCGACGUGAUUACGAACGAUCAUGUUCAGCGCUUCAAUUGUCCCAGAAUUAAAUAAUGGCUUUAAUCAUAUUUAGUAAUUUGUUAAUGAGCAAACUGAUGUUGAUAUCGUUGUGUUAUCUCAGCAAUCGCAGGCGCCAUGCAUUAGUAUAGUUUACGCACCUAAAUUAUCUUAAAAAUUUAUUAGUACCCAUUUGAAUAAUUACUUGUUAAGCAUAACGUAUUAUUUAUCAAAUUACUAUGCGUAAUUGUAAAGCGGCACUUUAUUUAUUACCGAUUGGAGCCGUCAUACUCUGGCGAGCAACGUAGUGAUGUGGCACUCUAAUCGGAAGAUUUUUUUUUAUCUAAAAAUUACUUCAGUUUUAUUUCCACGUUAUGCAAUUCAGAAAAUUUAAUGCAGAAUUCAGGUUUAUUUUGCUCUUUGUAUGUCCUAUUUGCGAUGUCCUAGGGAAAGUCUUGUAUUUUAAAAUGUUAAAGUUAUUUUGAACGAUCAAAGUUGAAAGGUCAUUUUUCUUCGUCAAGUGCACAACCCGAUCGAUCAUUCGUAUUUAAAAUUUAUAAAACAUCCAUUAUCCAGUGUUGCUUCUACCCCAAGUUUUAUUAAAAGGAUUAAUUAGUGGUUAAGUUUAGUCGGGAGUUGCGUUCAACUGAUUUGUGUUAUUUAUACUACGAUUUUCACCUUUGAAGUUCAAAUUGAUUCUUAUUCAGAGUGAUAGUUUACGGUCAAUUAUUUGAUUUUAUUAAUUUAAUUGGCUUAACAUUAAAUGUUAAUUGAA